AUGCCAAAACUUUCAAACGAUCAGAACUUGAACUUAAAAAUUUGUGGACUGUCAUUAGUCAUGCCAACAGUAAAAGACUUUUACGCCUCCCACAAAAUCCAAUGGUGCUACAUCACUGAGAAAGCUGCGUGGUGGGGUGGCUUCUAUGAGAGACUAAUUAAAUCUGUAAAACUUGCUUUACGAAAAACUCUAAGAAAAUCCACUUUAUCUCGAGAAGAGUUAGAAACUCUAAUUAUUGAAAUUGAAGGUGUUCUUAACUCUCGUCCUUUAACUUAUGUUUAUUCUGAAUUACAGGAACCUAUGCCUCUAACUCCAGCUCAUAUGCUAUUGGGGCGCAGGGUGAAUAGUAGAAUUACUGAAUUUAAAGUUAAUGAUAUUGUAUUAAUUCAUGAUGAAAAGCUACCUAGACAUUCUUGGAAAUUAGGAAGAGUUGUAACAAUAUUUCCUAGCAGAGAUGGAAAAGACUAUUCCAUAUAUGUGAUGAAAGUUUUAAUGUAUGUACAG